AAAAUUAUGCAAAAUUUGUUUAAGACAACAUUUUAAUAAAAAAUGCAAUAUGCGUCCAUGUCCUAAAUGUAAUAAACCUCAUAACUCAUUGUUACAUCUCACUUUUAAAUCAAACUCAAAUCACAUAGAAACUAUUAAUGACACCGCAGAAAUAAAUAAUAUCGUUAAUCAAGAUAAUGAUGAACCUAGUACAACAAUUAGUGCCCAUACGUCCCAAAUAAAUCAUGGUCAAAUAUUGUUAUCGACAGCCGUAGUGCGUGUAAUCAAUAAAGGAGCGCGCACACCAGAUACGUUUCGUUACGUUCCGUCACGUUACGGUACGGAGACGGUCGUAGACGUGACGUGACGGAACGGUGAAAAAGCGCACAUUAGAUGCGUCUCUUUCCAUCUUUUCCUACCUGGAGGAAUCGUCACUCUACGUUUGAACUUAGCAGUGUGUGUUUCAUCGUGGUCUUAAAGACAAUUUUGUUAUUUUACUUUAUUGUAAUUUCACCAUGGACUUUUCUUCUGACGAGGAACUCCUUGUAAUAGCGAGUAUCAUAGAUGAGGAAGAGAAAAAAGAAAAAAAACGUUUAUGGGUCCAUAAUAUAAAUUUAAAAAGAGAUGAACACGGAGAAUUUCAUACAUUAUUUCCAGACCUUCUUCAGGAUGAAGCUAAAUUUUUUAAAUAUUUCCGGAUGAGUUCGCAAAAAUUUUUUGAACUGCUUAAAAUGCUGCCGCAACUACAAAAGCAAGAUACGAAUUUCAGGCGAUGUAUUCCUCCGGAUGAAAGAUUAGCAAUCACCUUAAAAUUUUUAGGUUACGGAGACUCUUUUGCAACUAUUUCGUUUAGCAAUCGGAUUGGUGAGUCUACAGUUCGUAAAAUAAUUUAUGAUACAUGCAGAGCUAUAUGGGAAGUUUUGCAACCUAUCUAUAUGCCCCAACCGACUGUGGAACAAUGGCAACGAGUUGAAGAAAAAUUUUGGCGUAUCUGGAACUAUCCAAAUUGCAUAGGUGCAUUGGACGGAAAACAUUGCGUAAUUGAAAAACCACCAAAAUCAGGCACUAUGUAUUUUAAUUAUAAAAAAGAAUUUAGCAUUGUAUUGUUAGCUCUUGUUGAUGCAGAUUAUAAGUUUAUAACUGUUGAUGUUGGUGCUUACGGAAGAAACAGUGAUGGUGGAAUUUUUAAAUCAUCAUCUCUAGGGCAAGCCCUUGCUAAUGGAAAUUUAAAUAUCCCUCCACCAAAAUCGUUACCACUUUCAGACGUAAUCGUUCCUCAUGUGAUUGUUUGCGAUGAAGCAUUUCCUCUCACUAAAAAUACAAUGAGACCGUAUCCAGGGAAAUCACUUGAAAAUAAUCAAGACAAUAAGAUCUACAACUACCGCCAUUGCCGAGCCAGAAGAGUAGUUGAAAAUGCAUUCGGUAUAUUGGCAAAAAAAUUUAAAAUUUAUAAUAAAAAAUUCAACUUGAAACCAGAGAAUAUGGAUUCAGUUAUAUUGGCGACGACAGUGUUGCAUAAUUUUUUGAGGGAUGAUAAAUGUUAUUGGCAACCAGGAGAAUUGGAAGAUACAAAUACUCCAGAAGGGUUGAACAAUUUUACAGGAGUUGGAGGAAAUAAUCCAAGAGAAGCUUUUAUUAUAAGAGACAAUUUCAAACAAUUUUUCAUGUCAGAUGUUUCUGUACCGUGGCAGUGGGAAAAAGCGUUUACAACCCGAAACUCUGGAUCGGAAAAUAAUUUUAUACGUGAAGAAAUUGCACAAAGUUUAGGCAUAAAGCGGACACCUAUUAACUGUUCGGUAAUUGGUAUAGAGGGAUCUAAACACGUAGCCACAUCGUCUAUUACUAUACAAUUAAAAUCACGCGUAUCAGAUUAUCAAACAGACGUCGAAUGUAUUGUCUUAUCAAAACUUACAAAUAAUAUUCCAGUGAUACCAAUUAAUCCAUCAUCGUUAAUUAUUCCGGACAUUGAAUUAGCCGAUCCGUCGUUUGUAAUACCACAAAGAAUUGAUAUUAUUAUCGGCGAUUCAUAUACUACAGCAUUACGACGAUUAUUCGCUUUAGAAAAGCGACUAAGUUCAAAUUCCCAACUUAAAUCCGAUUACAUAAAAUUUAUGCGUGAAUACCUAGAUUUAGGACAUAUGGAAGUUGUUGAAAAUAUCGAUAUUAAUAAAAACCAAAAUUAUUUUUUACCACACCACGCUGUAGUAAAAGAAAGCAGUUUAACCACUAAACUACGUGUCGUUUUCGACGGAUCUUGCAAAACUACAUCAGAAUUAAGUCUUAAUGAUGUCCUAUUAAAGGGACCAAAUAUACAACAAGAAUUAGUUUGCAUAUUAGCUAGAUUCCGUACUCAUCAAUAUGCAUUGUCAGCUGAUAUAUCGAAAAUGUAUAGGCAAAUAUGGAUCGAGCCUAAGCAUAGGUAUUAUCAAAUGAUAAUCUGGCGUGAAGAGGUUAACCAGCCAAUUAAGAUUUAUCAGCUCAAAACUGUUACCUAUGGUACAACCCCGGCGUCAUAUUUGUCAACUGCAUGUUUGACAAAAUUAGCAGAUGAAGAAAUGCACACGUAUCCAGUAGCAUGCAAUGCAAUUAAAACAGAUUUUUGCGUAGAUGAUUACCUCGGCGGCGCAGCAACUAUAUCAGACGCCGUAUUAUUACGCGAUCAAUUAAUAAAUGUAUUAAAACAUGCGGGUUUUGAACUAAGAAAGUGGACUUCAAACGAACCCGAAUUAUUAUCUAAUAUAUCUAAUAUCGAUAAUGUACACAUGCAGGUACUCGAUAAUGAACACUGUAGUAUAAUAAAAAUAUUGGGUUUAUAUUGGAACACCUCACUAGAUAUUUUUCAAUAUAAGGUUAAUGACCUCACGACGGAUAAUACGCGUAUUACUAAACGAAACGUAUUGUCAACAAUAGCAACGAUAUUUGAUCCAUUAGGUCUUAUCGGUCCGGUAGUUACACAAGCAAAAUUAAUUAUGCAAUCAUUAUGGCAAUUACAUUUAGAUUGGGAUGAACCAUUACCAGAAAUACAUGCUAAUGAUUGGGUUAAUUUUAAAUCAAAUUUGCAAUACGUAAAUCAAUUAAAAAUACCUCGCAAGAUUAUUAAAUACAAAGACGUUAUUAGUGUCCAAAUACAUGGUUUUGCUGACGCCUCAAUUAAAGCUUACGGAGCAUGUAUUUAUAUAAGAUCAGUUUCAAGCACGGGCGAAUGCGAUAUUCAAUUAUUAUGCGCUAAAUCCAGAGUAGCGCCUCUAAAAGCUAUUUCAUUGCCUCGACUAGAAUUAUGUGCUGUUUUAUUAUUAGCUCGUUUGGCAAACAAAUUUGUUCCCAAACUUAAUAUUGAAAUCGAGAGAAAAUAUUAUUGGACGGACUCUUCUAUUGCUCUUUCAUGGAUAUCAUCAUCAUCAACCAAAUGGAGUACCUUUGUAGCUCAUCGUGUCGGAGAGAUCCAAGACCUCACAAAUAUAUCGGAAUGGGGACAUGUAACAACUAUAUCUAACCCAGCUGAUAUAAUAUCGCGAGGUUGCACACCGCAACAAUUAUAUGAUGACGUUCUAUGGUGGAGUGGACCUGACUGGCUAAAGUCUAAAGCAAUUAAUUGGCCAACAUUUGAUCGUGCACAUUUUGCUGCAGCAGAUAACAUACCUGAGCAAAGGCGAACAACUACGACAUUACAUUCAGCAGCACAUUACGACGAUUUUAUAAUAAAUCGAUUUUCGUCGCUAUCGAAAUUAAUCAGAGUCGUUGCACUCAUCUAUCGAUUUAUUCACAACGUAAAAUUAUACAAAUUUGAUAAAAACACGAUUGUCAAAGGUAAAUUAAUUCGCGCAAUAACGGCAGAAGAAUACACAAAGGCUCGUAUUGUUUUGAUUAAAAUAGUACAACUACAACACUGGUCACACGAAAUACAAUGUAUACAAAAUAAAAUAUCGAUACCGAGUAAAAGCAAUCUUUGUCAACUACGUCCAUAUAUAGAUGAAACCGGUAUUUUACGUAUAGGCGGUCGAUUAAGAAAUGCUAUCGCAUUAAAUACUUUCCAACGUAAUCCGAUAUUAUUACCGCAUCGAAGUGUAUUUACCAGAUUAAUAUUUGAAUACGAGCAUCGUAAAAUUAUGCAUGGUGGCCCUCAAGCCCUUUUAGCUGCUGUUCGCACAACAUAUUGGCCUAUAAACGGCAGACAUAUCGCGCGGAGCGUUGUACAUAAAUGCAUACCAUGUUUUAGAUUAAAGCCAGUUGUAUUUCAACCGAUAAUGGGCGACUUACCUAAAGAUCGCGUAACAAUAAGUCGGCCCUUUUCAAAAUGUGGUAUAGAUUAUGCAGGUCCUCUAAUGAUUAAAACUAGUCUACGGCGUAAUUCUCCGCUUAUUAAAGGUUACAUAUGCGUUUUUAUUUGCUUUGCAACAAAGGCCAUUCAUAUUGAAUUAGUCGGCGAUCUUACAACAGAGUCAUUCCUAAACGCAUUGCGUAGAUUUGUAAGUCGACGAGGUAUUGUUUCUGAUAUCUAUUCCGAUAAUGCUACAAAUUUUGUUGGCGCCAAUAAUCGUUUACGUGAAAUUUAUGAUCUACUAUAUUCAGAAAAAAAUCAAUCCAUAUUUAAUAAUGCCACAGCCGAUAUCGGAAUAAAAUGGCAUUUUAUACCACCACGUUCCCCUAACUUCGGCGGUCUAUGGGAGGCUGCUAUUAAAUCAAUCAAACAUCAUCUUUAUCGAACAUUAGGUAAUGCAUCCUUAACGUACGAAGAAUUAAAUACAAUUUUAAUACGAAUUGAAGCGUGUCUAAAUUCUAGACCAAUAACACCUCUCUCAACAGAUCCGUCAGAUUUAUCAUAUCUCACACCAGGGCAUUUUUUAAUCGGUGAAUCGCUUAUCGCUAUUCCUGAACCUGACUUAAGUAAUACAUCUACCAACCGCUUAAAUAGAUGGCAACAAAUGUCGCGUUUAACACAACAAAUAUGGUCACAAUGGUCAAAACAAUAUUUGAAUCAACUUCAGGAGACUAAGAAGUGGAAGCAGAACAAAGGCAGGUCAAUCAAAGUAGGCACAGUAGUCUUGGUACGCGAAGAUAACUUACCCCCCCUCCAAUGGCGUAUGGCUAGAGUCAAAGAAGUACAUCAAGGAGGUGAUGGCGAAAUCAGAGUAGCUACGGUAGCUGGUCAAGGUUGGGAAUGUAAAAGAAGCAUCCGCAAAUUAUGUCCAUUACCUUUUGACAAUAAUUAA